GAACCGCCACCAUUCACACGAAGUCGAGAAGCCGUUCGAGAAGUGACCACCACCGAUCGCAUCAAGUGCGCGCAAUCCGUAAACGACCAAAACACCGAGACCGGAACAUAACGACUACAUUACAGGUUGGAUGCUGCUUUUGUCUGUCGCCCCUGCGCCCCUACUUCUUGCUCACUCCAAUCUUCCGUCCGUGCAGCUGGACUCGAGCUUGAUAAACAACAUCAAAUCCGUGGUUUAACGCGAGGGGCGUGCCAAGUGAGGUCGAAAGAGAGGUUGAAGAAGAGGCGAACGAGCCAUCCACACGAAUCCAGCACGAAUACCCAAACGCUACCAUCAGUCGGUUACCGAACGGCUUGCCCUAGAGCAGUGAUCAUAAAGAAGCCGGAAUUCGAACCGGAUUCAAGGAUUUGGUUUGGCUGUGCGAUAGUUUUUUCCCUGGUUCGCGUUUAUCUACUGUUCAGCAGGGCCAUUGGAGUGCGCUCAUCUACCCCACUAAAGCCGAGGAGGAAUUGAAUAGAACUUCCGGUUUGACCAUGGACAACUUGCGGAAUCUGUUCGGACAAGUCUCUGCCAUGACGUCAAUGAAGGCACCAUCGAUGGCCGGGACAAGCCCCCCGUCGAAGCUGGGCUCGAUGGGGGCUGGCUAUGGUGGUGGCGACGGCGGCGCCAGCGGUUCGUUUGCCAACAGCCGUGGCUCCACAAAGGAUCAUAAAACGGCCGACCGGGACAACUACUACUACAUCAUGUGGCGUUCAUAGUCGCGAUACAGCGGCCCAGAAUUCAUCGUGCAGUCUUCACCGAAAGGGGAAGAGACACUAAACUUCACUAAAUCCCAAUCAACAUUCACGUAUUCCCGCCGGUGCCGUCAAGGUUGAAGGACACUACGGAGUGGAAGGAAGGAGGACAGAAAAAGGACAAAGCACAGGUGUACCCAGAGCACACCUCCUAAAGCCGCUACUCUGAAACGGAUAAUCCGGAAUCAUCGUAAUCAUAAUGCUAUCGCUGAUUGGUGCCAACCCACUGUGGAUGCUCGCAAUAUGGACCGGAUUGCUGCUGGUAUUCAGCCCGGUGCUGUUUGUGGUAAGCGUGUGCCUGCCGGAGUUGCCAUUAUUGCUGAUUAGGCGCCUGCACUACAUCCCGUUCGAUUCCGUUUGAUCGCGAAUGCCUCCGGGGUAGGAGAUGGAGCAGGAAAUGGAGCAGACGAAGCUGUACCGGAUGUACGGCGGAUUGAACGCCGGCUCUCAGGAGGCUGUUAAUUUAUUCUAGUGACACAUAACCACGCCAAGAACACCAUACAACACAUCACCUAAGAAGACACCGACCGGACUAGAACAGUGCAAUAUGCAUCCCCGUGCCUUUAGUAUACCUCAGUGUCCCCGGAGGCCAUUAGCGUAAUUGAACUGACAUUGAACCGAUAUGUGAUUAUUUUACUAAGCGUAACUCUUAAGCGGACAUUAACUGUAUAGCAACCCCGUACGCACGUGACAUACGCUGCCUGUGGCGUUUCCGGAGUGGAUGUAAACGAGAGAAACUAGAAUGUAAGUGAGCUGCUACUACACGCGAAACUCGCGGUUGAAUUCUACAUUAGAAAAUGGCCAAAUCGCGCACAGUGCCUUGUGAGAGAGCAGAAGCAGCUAUCGGGGAAACAGUGAGCAUGAUAUUUUGAUGCCAAUUUUUGGUCGGAUCAUUUUGAUUAGCCCGUAGUAUUAUACAAGCUCGUGAAUAAAGACAAAAUUCAAAGCAUUUUCAGAAUAU